CUGAGCUGGGAGUAACAUCCCUACCCUGAAACUCCGAAAAGCUGGUGAAAUCCAAGCUGGGAAAGGGGGGUGGAAAGCGGCGGCGCAAUGGGCUCCGGGCGGUGGCGGCGGCGGCAGCGGGUCCCCCCCCGGGGCGCUCGGCGGGGGCUCAGCCCCGGCAGGGCGGGUGGCAGCGCUCAUCCCCCCCGGGCGGUCCUGGGCAAGCCCCGGGAGGCUCCGAGCUCCCCUUCUUCGGUAUUCGGGAGGUUCUUCCUGGGCACGGGAGGGAGGACUCUGUGCCCAUGCGGGUGCGCGAGUGGAAAAAAUUAAAAAAAAAAAAAAAUACCCAACCCGAGGAUUUCAGAACAUUUCGCGGAAUCCUUUGAGACAGAGAGGCAGAGAGAAGCAAAAAUCCCUAUUUGUAACUAAAACACACUGCAACCUGGAAGGCUGGCAGAAUAAACCUAUUGUGAAGCUGAAACGCGCCGGGAUAUACAAGCAAAAAUCCCCCAGAGUACCACUGUUUGCGAAAAGGUAAUUGCUAAGCGAAAAUAUUUCCAAGUUCUCGCUUUUUUUAACUUUCGACUUUGCGAUUUGUUUGCAUGCCGAAAAGAGAAGACACAAAAAAAAAAAAAAGCUUUUUUUUUUUUUUCCUUUUUCUUCCAAACCCCUCUGAAACCUAAAAGAUAAAAUUACUGGAUCUAAAAAUAAAGCAGUGGUUAAAAGCCUCCCCCACCCUCUCCAAUCUCCCACCCCUUCCACCCCUCUCUCGCCUUCUCCCUCCCUCCCUCCCUCUCUCUCUCCCUCUUUCUGUGUGUUUGCGUUUGACAAAGAAAUUAUUUGAACUUCCCACUGCCUCAUAAAAAGGAAACAGAAGAGCAGUUUUGACAUAUGGAUGUGAUUUUUUCUGCUCUGAGACAGAUGCACACGGAAAACAAACAGCACCAGGGGCUGCAGCUCUGAAGGGAGCGAAGUUGCUUCGCUUCACAUGGGCUCCUCGGCUGCGUUUAGGGAGCUGCCCAGAUCUCCAGCCAUGAGAAAACGAAGCAAAGGACCGGGUUUUCUUGUCAUGUGCCUUUCUGGCUAAAACUGUGGAAACAAACAAACAAUCAAACAAACACAAAUACUGGAAAGGGGGGGGGGGGGGCGGGAGGGAAGGAGAAGGAGAAAUCAUCAGCAACCGGAGCGCUGGAAGACCUCUCGUCCUCCUACUUCCCUGAGCGAGCUUGGAUGCUGGAAGAAGCCUCUUGGAUAUGGGAUCAUAUCUGAUUUAUCACAGUCUGGGUUUGAUCCUCUGCUGCUCCGUAUUGAGUUCAGUCUACGCUCUGGUGGAUGCUGAUGAUGUCAUCACCAAAGAGGAGCAGAUCUUCCUACUACUAAAAGCCAAGGCCAAGUGCGAACGACACCUGAAAGCCAAGGUGCCCAAGGUGCAUGAUGGCUUUUGUCUUUCCGAGUGGGAUGGUAUUGUCUGCUGGCCUGAAGGUGUGCCAGGCAAAGUGGUGGCUAUGCCAUGUCCCGAGUACAUCUACGACUUCAAUCACAAAGGCCAUGCUUAUCGCCGGUGUGACCUGAACGGGAGUUGGGAGCUGGUCCCAGGCAACAACCGCACCUGGGCAAACUACAGUGAAUGUGCCAAGUUCCUCACCAACGAGACGAGGGAAAGGGAGGUCUUUGAUCGCCUCUAUUUGAUUUAUACUGUUGGAUACUCCAUCUCUCUGGGAUCCCUCACAGUUGCUGUCCUUAUCCUGGGAUACUUCAGGCGUUUGCACUGCACUAGAAACUACAUCCACAUGCACCUGUUUGUCUCCUUCAUGCUGAGAGCCGUGAGCAUCUUCGUGAAGGACGCGGUCUUGUACUCUGGGUCAGCUUUGGAGGAGAUGGAACGGAUCUCAGAGGAAGACUUGAAAUCCAUUACUGAAGCACCUCCAGCGGAUAAAUCACAGUUUGUGGGCUGUAAAGUAGCGGUUACCUUCUUCCUCUACUUCCUGGCAACCAAUUACUACUGGAUUCUGGUGGAAGGGCUCUAUCUCCACAGCCUCAUCUUCAUGGCAUUUUUCUCAGAGAAGAAAUAUCUUUGGGGAUUCACAUUAUUUGGCUGGGGACUCCCUGCUGUAUUUGUUACAGCGUGGGCCAGCGUGAGAGCCACUCUAGCUGACACAGAGUGUUGGGACUUGAGUGCUGGCAAUUUAAAAUGGAUUAUUCAGGUGCCCAUCCUGGCAGCUAUCGUGGUAAAUUUUAUUCUUUUUAUCAACAUUAUCAGAGUCCUAGCAACCAAGCUACGAGAGACGAAUGCAGGGAGGUGUGACUCAAGACAACAGUACCGGAAGCUGCUGAAAUCUACCCUCGUCCUUAUGCCUCUGUUUGGCGUUCACUAUAUUGUUUUCAUGGCUAUGCCAUACACAGAUGUGUCAGGGAUUCUUUGGCAAGUUCAAAUGCACUAUGAAAUGCUGUUCAACUCUUUCCAGGGAUUUUUUGUUGCCAUCAUAUACUGUUUUUGCAAUGGAGAGGUCCAAGCAGAAAUAAAGAAGUCAUGGAGCAGGUGGACAUUAGCACUUGACUUUAAAAGGAAAGCACGAAGUGGGAGCACAACCUACAGUUAUGGACCAAUGGUUUCCCACACCAGCAUCACAAAUGUAGCCACAAGAGGGGCACUUGCCCUCCAUCUCAAUACGAGACUUAUACCAGGGACCCUCAAUGGACACCGGAAUUUGCCAGGUUAUGUAAAAAAUGGCUCAAUUUCUGAAAACUCCAUGCCUUCUUCUGGACCAGAGCAGUACAACAAAGAUGAGGAGUACCUGAAUGGCUCUGGGCUUUAUGAUGGAGACAGACCCACAGUACUUGUUGAAGAAGAAAGAGAGACAGUUAUGUAAAGAGAGGAGGAAAAAAAAAAGAAGCAAAAGGAUGAAAAAGGUUCCUGGAGAGCAUUUAGUGGGCAAAAGAAUAUCAGGCCACGCAUCGGAUGCCAAGGGUUUCCAUACAGUUUCUCUGUUCUGUGGAACAAGAGGUUAAGUUAUAUGGGAAAAAAAAAAGUGAGCCACCAAUGUGGCCAGCUGUCGAUCACAUACAUAUACUCGGUGAUCUAAGUCUCCCUGGUGUUAACGGAGGCAGGGCUAUCCAGACCCGCGGGCCUUGCUACCUGCUGAACAACAGAGAUACUGAGAGUUCGCGAGGGAGGGUCGCAAAGCAGCACGUGGUCCUUGGACCUCUUGGAGAGCAUGGGCAGCCAAGGAGGAGAGGAGUCUCACCCAGUAAAGCAAGAGUCUUGCGGGGAGUGUACAGUGCCAUCUUCUUGCGAGGGUACAAGCCACCCAUCGGCGUCUUCAGUUUGGUUUGCUCUUUCCCUGUAAAGUCUGCCUGGUAACACACACAACAUUGAUCAAGACCUCUUGGGGGUCAUAGCUGCCCGUUGUUGCAGACAAGCGUACAACAGAGACAGCUGGGUACAACCAGCUGCACGUUCUUCCCUUGGGCAAUCUCACUCCUUGGCAAAGUGCUCCUCUGGGGUGGGCAGGGUUAACAGCUCAUGGUUGCUGGAUGCAGGCAGAAAACUCUAUUCUUUCCCUGACCUGAGUUCCAGUAGCAAGCCAGAAACCAGUGCAAUUUUAGGAUGGAAAAUGUGGUUAUCAGAAUGUGCGACGUUUUUGUUCUUCCAGAUGCAGCAGUGGAGAGGGGCCCACCAAGCGGGUUGAGGCAGGGUGAGGGAUUUGCAGAUCUUGGGUACGUGUGCCUGUGCGCGUGUGUGGCUAAAAUCAGUUCAGAGGGUAGCUAACUCAGCCCUCCCUUUUUGUGGAUGCUCAUGGAAACAAGUUUCAGUCAUUUUUUAAACCUUUAAAUUGCUUUUCAUUCUUCUCUCUGAAUUUCCUGCUUUUCACUUAUCCAAAUCCUCAUGAGGAGAAAGACUCCAUGAACAGCCUGCCUGUAUCACCCAGAAGCACAAGCUGCUGGAUACAGCCAGACAAACCUACCUUCAUGAGAUCCAAAGGCAAAAUUUGCUGGAUAAAAGCACAGGAAUUGUUUGUGGUUGAUCUCCCUCUGAACAUCUUCUGAACUUUCCUAUUCUUUGUGAUUUGGUCACACACACACACACGCACACCGGGUCAGACUCUUAGCUGGUAUAAACAAGCAUAACUUCAACCAAAUUAGUUUGCCUAGAGAUGGUCAGAUGAGGAAAUGUUAUUGCGUUGCCUCUGAGGGAAGAGCACCAGGAAAUGCCUCCUUCCUACAGCAGAGCGAGUCCAGGAAGGUUUUGUCGCUGUGCAGAGUUUCCCUUGCUGGUGGUUUUUGCGAGGUGUGCCAAAAGGUCAUUUUCUGACACACCUCGUGUCUUCAGCAGCGAUGAAGAGGUACCAUCCUUGUUGGCCAACAGUGCACUGCGUUGGGGGUCUUUUCACACCAGCUGAGCACCCAGCGAGGGGUCUCUGCCAGUUUGCAAGCAUGAGUCAGAAUUGCCCAGAAGUGGGAAAUUAGGAACAGUGACAAAACUUCCUAUUGCAGCACAUGCCUCCCCAGAGGAAGGACUCCAGCUCAGCCAGCCUGGACUUUCUUUUCAGCCCCUAACAUAACAUCACUAUUCCCUUGCUGCAGUCUAAGAGUCAGCUCCUCGUGGUGCUUUUUUUUUUUUUUAAUUUCUUUUUUUCCUUCUUGGUCUAGUACCUGAAACAUUUUGACCUCACCUGACUGUUACUCAAAUGAAAUAGGGAAGAGGUAUUGGGCAAGUUUGCAGAUGUCCUUUAGGAUGCAGGUGGGGCCAAUGGGAUAAUCUACUCUCUAUCCCGAUUCUUUAGAUACAGCUGCUGGGUCACAUCAACAAGCACUUCUGAGAUGCAUCCAGUCACUGCAAUCAGCUGGUCUUCUGAGGGCAAAUGAAGGACUAACUUCCCCAAAUCUCUCAUGGAGGUCAGGAAGAGCAGUUGGGAUCUUGACUCUGUGUCCUACAUCUUCUUUAAACAACAUCUCAGAUCAGGACCUGAUCCAAAGCCCAGUGAAGUCAAGGGAAAAACCUCCUCCCCUCGACAUCUCCGUGUUUUGGAUUCAGACCUGGUAGGGGAUGUGGUGGCUGAGAGGCAGUCCUCUGUCAGGCACUGAGGCACCUCUCCAUCAGUUGCAGACACACAUGAGCAGGUCUGUAAAAGCCAGUAUUUAUUUGUGUUGUUCUUUUUUUUUUUUUUAAUUUUGUGUCAUUAGAAUAAGUCAAAAUCAUCAUAACCAUUUACCACCAAAUGGCAGCUAUUGAAGUGUCGGGUUUUCAAGGAAUAAUAUUUUUUCAUGCUCUCAUUGUUGUUGUUAUUCAUAUAACAAUACUAACAAUACUAUUACAGAGAAGUUAAGUAAUCUUGCAAGAGAAGUCAACUCUAGUGAAAGUUUGGCAUGGAGACCUAACCAGCUCUGCAGAAAUCUGGGUCAGCCCAGCUACACUCACUGCUCGCCUUUUCCUCAGAGAUGCUGGUAUGGCUUCUGGAGGCAAUCAAAGGGGGCAGAAGUUAUUAACAGUCAGCUGUCAGAGUGUGUACAGCUGCGUUACUUAGCAUCCCAUGUGGCUGAACUGCCGAUGAGAGAGGAGAACACUGAAUAUCCUGGCGCUGAAGUUCGCUGUGCUUAGAUCCUGCCAAGUAGAUGCAAUGACCCUCCUGAUUUUCUUCCUCAAAGAAAUUUCUUAGUAUCAUUUCACUGCUGGAACAAAGCAAAAGAAAAGACAAAAAAAACCAAAACCAACCACCAGUGAGUCACUGUUUGCUUGUGUUUGUUACUGAGGACUCAAGAUUAAUAACAUGUUUGACAAUCACUUAGCAAAGUUCAAGGAAUUAGCAAAAGCCAUAAAAGUAUUUAUAAACAAAUACAACACCCCUCAUAAAAUACAGCCCUCACUGAAAUGCAUUCAUCACUGGAUUAUUUAGAAUAAAUGUCUAAAAACUAUUGUUAAACAUAGAUAAAAAUUACAUGCACAAGGGAUGUACAGGGCAAGAAAUCUUUUCUUAAUCCUUUCAAUUACAAAUCAUACGUAAUAGAUUUUUUGUUUCCUGGGUGUUCAUGUGCAUGAACAAUAUUCAUACAAAAAUUGGGAAAAUGCUGAUCCCAACACAGGGGAAUAACUCUGCCGUUAAGGCCCAGCAGACUGUAUGUUUGUCAAAGCCUGUUCUUAUCUUUCCCGGGCUGAUCACAAACUCUUGACUGCGUCAUGACCUAUUAGCUAGAGAUCCAAGGACAUCCUCCACUGAUUUUAGCGAGGAAGAGAUCAGACCUGUGAUGUCUAGAAAGAGAGAAGAAAGCACAGUUUGCAGCUGCAGUUUUCCCUGGAAGGGCAAGCAGAGUGGUCCUGCUGGCUCUUAGCCACAGCUGCUAGAUUCAGAGUGGGGGGGUCACCUUCACUUUCUCCAUCACCAGGAGAUGCGGGCAUUUCUCAAGGACACUUUACCCCCAUCCAAAGAUCUGAGUCCACCUGGGGUGACAGUUCCUCUCCUGUCUGAUUUACUAGUGCAAACAUAGCCCCAAAGGCCGCAGAAAGCAGAAAGGUGGUGAGGUGAGGAUGUAUUUGUCUGAGAUUCACCUAGUGACCACUGCAAACCCUGCAGGCAGGACAGGCUUUGUGCCUGUCCUUGUUCGGGGAUGGUGGAGCAGAGAGGGCAGAUUGCUUUGGAGUUGGAGUGCAGCAAACACAUGGGGAAAGAGACUUUCUCAAGUUGACUUCUAGCAGGAGACAAAGGUCCAAAGGAGCCGGUUGCCUGUAUUUUUCUAGUUUCCCCCCCCUUCAUGGUGCCAGCUUUGUGCCUCUUUUCUUCCCAUCCUGUAAAGCGGCUGGCAACAUUCAGGAGUCCUAUAGCCCCUUUCACUUCUCUAAGCCUGCUGGGCUGGCACGGGCCAAGCUGUGCACUGCGAUACCCCAGCUGACUGGCUCACAUGGCGAGGAACCUCCUUGCCCACCUUUUGGAUGGGUGUCCUCUUCUCCAGUGCCAUAGUGGUAUUGGGCUUGGGCAGGGAAUCUCACCCCCUGGUAGGUUCAUCUCAUCGUACCAGCUCAGCACUUCUUCUCUUCCCAUCCACAGCAGCGCAGUCCACUUUUCCUCACGAGUCCUUCCUACUUGAUCUACCUCUUUUCUGGAUGGCGAAGAGCUGUUAAAUGUUGCUCAGCCUUGUGUUUCUUAAGGAUGGCUUUUGGCAGCGGCCUUGUCAUUUCUGCUUUGCCUGGAUAUGUGCAGAUGAGUGGUUUUUUACACCUUCUAUAUACUACUUGGUCUUGGUUCAGAUGAGAUCAUGUCUUGUCCUAUUCCUCACCAUUCCUCAACUCUGCUUCUUCUUGUCUGAUACAUAUUAGAGCCAAAUCAGUUCACAAAGAUCUCCCAAAAUUGAACUCUUCAGCCAGGGAUUGGCUUCGUUUAUCUGUUUAUGGGCAACUGGCUGAAAAAUGUAGAACGUCUACACUGCUGGUAAGAAUUUUCCAUUUUUUAAAGUGUGAAAAUACCUUUAGAGGGAAGAUCUCCAAUUUUUACUCCUGUUUAUUGUUUUGACAAACUCAAUGACUGGCUUAAAAGUUUUUAAAUUUCAGAAUCUGAUGUUUCAAAAAGUUAAGAAACUUCAGUUAUAGGUUGGGUUCUCUUGCUUUUUCACUGGCUGAUUUUUCCGCACGCCUUCCACCCGGAAAGCUUCAAGCAGAAUUGCUGACAAUGAGGAGAGUGAUCUAUAUAUCCCUUAACUCAUCCGAAUCUCUCACUAUGGUCAAUGACUCUGUCACCUGAGAUCGGACUGCAUGAAAUGAGAGAAAGCACUUUAAGAGUUGACCUUUAAGGGAGAGGUUGUAGGAACCUGUGAAGUCUUUUCAUGUGCAACAUUAGUUCUUAUUGGUGUGUGUGGUUUUUUCCACCUGUUGGUACCCAUGAGUUUGCUGAAGACCAGUCUGCGCCUUGUCAUGGAAAGUUACGCAGCAGUAAUGUGUUUCACAUACUCUCUUUCUGGCCUUAUCUGAAUCUUAUGACAUUUUAACUGUAACAGGAAGCAAAAUUAAAAAAAAAAAAUUAAAAAAAAAUCUAGGGCAGUAUUUUCCAGUCUUGGGGGGGUAACUGCUCCUCAGCUGUAUAUCCUGUGUCACAAAUUGGCAUUGCACUGAUGGCUGCCAGCUGUAAACUGCUCAGCAGGUGAGGAAACUUUGUUUUAAGGCUGUGGGCAGGUUAACCUAGAUCUUCACCAUGCCACUUCCCUGCUGACAGCACCUGCUAGAGAAGGGAUCUUGUUACACCCUCAGGCAGGUCUAGGAGAAUCAGCUUUUUUCAACAAGCUUCAUGCUGGAACAGGUUUACUGUUUGAUUUUUUGUUGUUAUUAUUAUUACUUCUAUUGCUGAUGAGCUGUUGUGUUCUGCAGAGUAAACAGAGGACAUAUAUGAUAUCCCUGGCCAGCUACAGAGCUUUUCAAGCAUCCAGUGUGAUUCUCCAGACAGAGUACAUUUUAUAUCUCAUUCCUCUAGGGUGUCUUGAAAUGAGAAAAAUAUUAAAUUGUAAAGGAAAUGAGUUUGUUAAAGACCCUAUAAAUAAAUUUCCAUCACGAUUGGCCAUGGCUGUCUGGAUUUGCCUGGAAAACAUAAUAGUUCAUAAAUUGUAUAAGUAAAAUAAAGAGCAUGUCCAUCUCUGCAGACAUUCAUGGCAAGGCAGUUCUCCUGGUUUUGCCCAUGAAAGUGAAAGGUUGAACCUGCCGGACAGCAAAUACUGUUGGCCCAAAGGAGCGUUUUAUUUUGAGGCAGCAAAUCCUGCCAACUGUAUAAAAAAUAUUGGGCUUAUCCUGCUCCACCCAAAUUAUUUUUGUGGCUUCUCAUAAAAUCCAACUCAAGCUUAGCUCUUAGCUGAAGGUGGGAGAGGAAAAGAAACCAGAAGUGAGUUGUUGCAAAGACACGUGAUUAACUGAAGAAUACUAAAACAUAACUCUAUCACUGUGAUUUUUUAAAAAAUGACCUGGGAAAUGCAGAUUGAAUUUGCUUUUAUUCAGGAAAAAGACAAACGGGAAAAGAAAAGGAAAAAAAAAUUCAGGUUGGCAUUUCUUUUUUUUUUUCCCCCAAUAAUUCUCACUUGGCCAGAAAGUUUGAGCCAGAAAUGUGGUCUCCUUGGUGUUUCUAUGGUCUCCUUGGCCUCUCCAUAGGAAAUCUCACAGAGGCCAUUGUGAAUGAGUUGGGAUGGAGAGAGAUGCAUGGACAUGCCACUCAGAACCCACCUUGGCCUAUGACCAGCUGCUGGUCAUUUAAAGCUCAGAGACAUCAAGCAAUCUUGUGCUGAAACAGAAAUAUUGCUAAUGUGCUUGUGCAUUUAGUGGUUAACCCCAAAUUAAUUUGCUGUCCAUAUAUCAAGUCUUGUAAUAGGCAAAGGUUGUCCUAAUCAGGGUGCUUCUUUACUCGGUGCUAAUAGACAUUUUUGCUGGCUACUCUUUGGUCUGUAGGUAAUUUAGGAGAUUUUAGAACAGGUAUCUUCUACUGAGAGCCCAGAAGUUGAAGCUGGAACUGAGACAUGAUCUUUUGGCAGUGCCAGAAGACUCCCAUGGACCUACUUCACCUGUAGCAGUAGGCUGGGUGGUGGAACAGCAACCAUUUUAGAUCUUUGAGGCUGCUUGUCCCUAGCAGGUAGAGAAGCCCACAAAAAGGACACCAGCAGGGUGGAUGCCCCUACCCUCUACAUCAAUCCCAAACUCAGAUUGUUUGGAGUCCUUUUCUACAUGAAACUUCUUUUUUUUUUCCAAACUGGCCCUACAAAACCACCCCCAAGAACUUAAGAAAGAACUUUUAAUCAACUUGGUUAAGCCUUUCAUUUUCCAUUUUAACUGGAUGUAGAUGUAAAUUCGGGUUUUUUAUGGCUAGAAGCCAAUCUCAGCUGUCAGUUUCAAAACCAAUCCAAAGCAUCGGGAUGGGAACAUGAUUUGGUCAGAUCAGCUGCACAGUGCCCUAGACUCAUGGCACCCAUCACCCCAGGUUCAGAGCACAGGUACCCUGGCAGAGGUGGAAGGUCACUCUGUCAAAAUAGUCUUUUCUUCUUGGUAAAUUUAAGAGAGAAGAGCACAGAGAGCAAGAAAAAGGCUCGCUGUCUUUACACCACACUUAAGAAGGAUUAUAAACAAUAAAAUAGUAAUUAUAACUUAUCCUUUGUUUAUUUCAUCAGGUUCUGUUGAGUGCUCUGAUGAGGUCUGUGCAGUGUCUGGCUUUAUGGCUUCUUCCAAGCGGACAGAGUUCUCUGUGGUGGACAGAAUAGCUAUAAUGAGCGGACAGAAUCAUUCAAAGCUGGUCUCUAGGGCAGGACAGUUAGAAACAGACCUGAUGUUGAUUUUAUAUUCAUUGGCAGAAGGCAGGAGCUACUCCACUGAAGUUAAUCGAGUUAACUCAGUCUAAUGCCAAGGCAAAACAGAUCUGAAUCUAGACCACAGUUCAGGACUCAUGUACAAUUUGCAUAAUGGAAUUAAAAUAAAGCUUCCAACUCUAGCUACAGAAAUACUCUGCUGAGAAUUAAAGACCAGACUUGCUGUUUGGGAUUAAAUAAAAGGACACCAAAGGCAUCAGCUGCCACAUAAAAAAGUCCCGUUUUAUCUGUUCCUGUCCAGAUUAGCCUGUUGUCCCCACUGCUGUGUGGUCACUUAGCCACGCACAGUUGUUUCAAUUGGUAUGGAUUUUUCUUAGCCCCUUCUUUCUUUUCUUUUCUAUCCUACUUGCAUGUGAACUCAGAUCCUCCAAGUUUUCAUGCUGUCUUCCAAGUUUAAGCUAGCCCUGCAGUAUACAAAGGUCAAGAUAAUAUCAAUAUUUUUCCAGGACUUGGGAGGCAAGUGGGAAAAAAAAUGUCACAGGGGAGCAUUAAAAGAGAUAUCAAAUCAGGUUCCUCUGAAACCUUUCCCAUGGACCAGGGAAAGGUUUGCAAACCUUGGCACAGCAUUUCAUCCUCCAACUGAACUCAUUUGUGUUUUGUUCAUAGAAGAUCUCGAGACAUUCAGUAUGACCUGCAAAGUUCACACAGUGUCUUUCCACUGGCUUCAGAGGGCUUGGGGUUAGACCUGGUACACUGCUAUUAAAUAUUCUUGUUCACGUUUCUUUUAAGUUUAAUAUUCUGAUCUGCUCAUGUGGUUUCUGCAUCCUUCUCUAGGUUGGUACAUUAGUACUGCUUCAGGGCAUACUUGCAGAACUGUCCCUUGAACUGCCUUUGCAUCUGUAGCAUGUUGUAAUUACUGCACCCAUCUGGGACCAUCUUCUCUCUGACUGCACCUCUUGGUGGCAUCCAGUACCGACGGGCAGUGGUGCUGCUUUGUAAGGGACCGGUGUUUGCAAGAACAGAGCGCAACGAGCUUUGUCCCAGUUCAGAACAGAUUUGCGAGACUCCAUUGAGUCAGGGCAGGGUUGGAAAUCAGCUCAGAGUCUGGCAGGGGCCAGGAACAAAAGAAAAAGUUAUGGAAGAGCUGACCCAGAUGAUCAUAAGUAAUUAGGAAGUCUUAUAAAUCUGGCUACUUUUCAGGCAGACCUCCCUAGCCAGCACAGAUUUGAGAGGCAGAGUCUAUUGCACAAUUACGCUCUCUCUUAAACAGGGGAUGUCUUAAGAGAGCAAGUGGGUGAGGUUUUGUCGUCUUCUUCAUCCUCACUGGAACUUUCACCUUGUUUCUUCACCUGAAAAAAAAAAAAGGGUACAUUAGAACAAUCUCAACAAGAGAACCUGGGAUUCAGACCCAUUUCUCCUGGGUCCCACAGAGUCGUUUCUCCCUGUGACCAUAGCAAUUGUUUUCCUGGCACAUUAACUCAGGAAUUUGAUGAUAUUUUAUUAUCUUCUUCAGACUAAUGAUUCUGGGCUAGCGAUGUGGUGUGCAACAACACAGAUGUGCUGGCAUCAAUUUGGGAUGAAAUCCUGACACCAUGAAAAUCAACACCAAAGUGUCUGUUGAUUUCCACGGGCUGGGUUUCACCCAUAAAUUCUGAAGAGAAAAAGGGUAAUGAUUCAAAUAAAUUACCUCCCCUGUUCCCAAAACCUUACUUGCCACCCAUACUUCUAGCUGUCUUUUUGCUUUAGAUCAAUAGUACUACAAGACCAGAAAGCAGACAUCAAAAGGUCUAAGUGGCAGUCUCCUCUCCUGAAAUGCUUCACGAGUGACAACAUUAGGCUUUUGUAUUGGUAUCAGCUUCUACAUGUGGGGAUUUAGGAUGUGGUAGAUAUUUGGCUAGAAAAAGGCAUGGGAUUAAAAUGUUUGGGAUAGAUGGGAUUAGUGUGUACUGGGUUUCCAAAAUGCCUGGGCCGACAUCUUCUGAAAUAGAAAUACAAUAUCCAUGUGAAAGACCACUUAAAUGCUUAAAUGAAGGGUGUUCUCUAAACAGGCAGACCUCAGGUACCUAAAACAGGAGAUAAAAACAAUAACAGGGAAGCAACAUCUAUUUAAACCAGAGCAUUAUGACAAGCAUGAGCCCUUCUAAAUAUAGAGCUGGUUGCUUCUUGCCAGGCCAAGCUUUUAUCUUUUUAUUUUUCUUUGUCUAAAUUAAUCAUUCAUCCUUGAGGGUGCAGGGAAGGAUGAACAAGAAGCCAUUUGUUGUUAGAGGUGUAAUUUUUUUAAAGGGCAGGUUGUAUGAGGUAGAGCUGGUGGGAGAGGAAAGUCAGUAGGUGGCAGAAGAGGAAGGACAGGCAUAGCCAAGAACCAUCACCCAAACCCAUCCCCUUGGCCCAUCCCCGUGUUCAGAAACGCUAUGUCAAUCUCUUCCCAUCUGCACGAGCUGGGGCAUGCAUGAAGAGGCAGACCUGCUGCUAAAACUCAUCACUUCGUCUCAGCACCUUCAGGGUGACCCAGUCGUGGCGGUCACCAGAAGUGAUGGGGUCUGGGCAUUAGAAAAAGCACUGAGCCAUUCCCGGCGUCUGCCAGGCUCUGCCCGAGGAGUCUGUUUGCAAGACAUUGGCUCUUUUUUUCUAGUCUGAGCAGGAGAGAAAGGAGCUGGGGUGUGAUCUUACCCCUCCAACACAAGCGCUUUCACUGAAGUGGUUUUUAAGACCUUGUUUCACUUCAGAAGAGGGACAAAACUGAAAAAGUAAAGGAAAAAACUGUGAUUUCUUUCUAUGUGUUACGGGGACAUUGCCUUGUGUGUGUCGUCAGGCAGGCAUUUGGUUUACAUUCCUCCACUUCUGCUUUCUGUAUGGACCAAAGUAACAAGCGGAAAAUGACAAACCACAGGUGUAUGUAAAAGGGAAUUAAAAUAAAAAGAAACCUUUAUUGAUUCUCA